CUCAGAUCUCAGACCUCGCGUUGACUCACUAGUAAGUAACACCGCGUUGAUUGCAACGUUGGUGCAUGGAGCCAUGAGCUGCUGAUCGGAGCUUGUCAUGGUGGAGCUGCACUGUUGGUGUCUGACUCCGGAUAUGAAUAAACGUCAUUGGAAAAACGUUACGCGUCAACUCGGAAUUUAAGUAUAGUACUACGGCUACUCGAUCCUCGACGCCUCAACUACCUCUCCCGCCUAUUUAUUAGGCCCACCUGACUUAUUUGACACUUAGUCACCGAAUAUUGUUACCAUCAUGGGCGACAUUCAGACCAGGCCCUUUUCAAAGGAUUACAGUGGCCUCAUCAAUCAGUCGGUCAUCGCAGUUGCAUUGGCUGUGGUGUCUGUAACGUCGCACGAGAUCAUGAAGAGGAAGAGACGUGGACGUCACAUUCAGCUUGAGGGGCUUGGGAGUGUUGAGUCUUGGGAGUUUGGCUACGGUAGCAGGAAUCCUUCUCCUCCGACACCGAGAGGCUGGCCAUUAUCCUGGGUCAAGGAUAGUAUCGGGUUUCCCCAAGCAAAGCUUAAUGAGCUUAGAGGAAUAGAUGCAACGUUGUAUGUGCGAUUCCUGCGCGGGAGCCUAUUCUUUGUCCUUGUUCAUACAUUUACGACCACUCCUAUUCUUCUUCCGAUACACGUCCACUUUUCUUCAGAUGAUAUUUCACCGAAGUCGAUGACCAGAGCAUCAAUUUCUUCACUCGUAGAGACUCAGGAAGGCCUUUCCCUACUUUGGAUUCACAUUUGCCUCCUCUUCUGGAUCACUUUUACCUGGAUAGGCAAUCUCUUCUACAUUUGCAACGGAGCGUUCAAGUUACGAGCAGCGAAGAUAGAAUCUGCCAUACGCAAUGUGAAGUCCGAUACCACGGUCGAGAGGGAGGCGCAAUACCAUCCCCAUCCCCAUCCACAAUACCCCUUCCAGGAUAUUCCAUCCCUUGACAUAGACCACCCCACCCAUGGUCUGCGUCUGCGCACCGUGAUGGUGACCAACAUCCCGGUACAGCUUCGCGCAGAAAAGGAGUUCAAGGAGUACUUUGAGUAUCACCUGUCGCGUUCUCUCGACAAGCCUUCCGUUGGCUUGCCAGCAUCAACUCAACCCGGUUUAUUGAACAAAUCGUUCGCCUUUGUUUUCAAUCGAGCAAAGCGUAUUCCGCAGAGCAUAGGUAUGUCUACACAUGAAGCUGCGAAUGAGAGCCAAGAAGGAAGCGAUGGAGCUCCACUUACCCAAAUUCCCGGCCCGAAACCGGAAAACAUGCCACUCGUCGACCGAGUUGUCAUUGCACGACGAAUGACGGAGCUGGCAUCAUUGCUGGAACGACGCGAAGAUAUCCUCUGUCGUUUAGAGACCGCACACAUCAGAUUGGCAAAGAAGGUACUUUUAGCGGUAUACAGUGAGGUAGAACAUAAACACAGAUCGAGGGAGGAUACCACCGUGACUACGACCGCGGAUGUGGAAAGCGGGUGUAAUCCAAGCUUCAAUGGACACCAGAAAGAUGAUGCAGACUUACUCAUUCGGACCCUCUCUCCGUUUCUGGUUGAUUACGAGUUGACUAGCAAGUUUGCGCCAAGGCGCAAGCUCACCAUGAAGAUGAAAGUGGAUCCAGCGAUGGAGAGCAAGGAUGACACCGACAUACCUCACAAAACAGUAUGGGAUGUACUUCUCGGUUUACCUCGAAGCGUACUGGACCCAUAUCAGCCGUUGAUCCACCUUUCUGUCCUUUUCCGAGGGAAAACUGUGCCGAGCAUUGAUUAUUACACCGCUAAACUCAACCUCCUUACAUCGUUGAUUACACAGAAUCGAGCGCGUGCUGCUACGGAAUACGACGCCGCGUCAACGGCCUUCGUAACCUUUAAAGAUCCGUUGGAUGCAAGGAAGGCAUGCAAGUACUUAGCGGUGCAUCCUAAUAACCCACUCGCAUGCUUUGUGACGAUGGCUCCACAGUAUGAAGAUAUCGACUGGACGAGGGUUAUGAGGUCAACUUAUCGAGUGGACAUCGUCAAAGACUGGGUAGUGAACAUUGGGGUUUGGGCAUUCACGAUAUUCUGGCUUUUCCCGUUGUCGCUGUUUGUCGGUCUCGUUUCCAUUCAAAGCAUCUCGACAUUCUGGCCGAGCCUGUACAAUUAUCUUUCUAGUCACCCUUGGGAGGAAGAGGUCAUUCAAUCCUUCCUUCCGACUGUCCUCAUCUCACUACUCACGAUUCUCAUCCCGCCCAUUCUUUUGCUCAUCGCGAAGAAAGCCCAUACAAUCAUCACUCUUUCCGUAAUGCACGACAGGAUCAUGACCCGUUACUAUAAAUUCCUGAUCGUUAAUGUCUUGGUGUUUUUCUGCGUGGGGACCGCUGCGCUCCAGUCUUUCCUCACUUCGUUCAAGAUCGUAUCCGGGAGCAGUAUAAUAAAUACUGUCGCUGAUAGUUUUCCGACGGCUGGACCUUUCUAUGUUGGAUGGCUGAUAUUCACCACUGCGAUUCAUGGAGGCUUUGAGCUCUUGCCUUUGUUCAUUUACCCAUCCACCAAGCGACAAGUAACUCCGAGGAAACGAGCUGUUGGUAUUCGUCCACGAACAUUCAACUUCUAUUACUGGCUACCAAACCAUCUCCUGGUCAUUCAUGUGUUACUCCUUUUUGCACUGCUUAACCCGCUUGUCACACCAUUUGGGUUGAUCUAUUUCUCAGUUGAGACUGGCCGGCAGUUACUGCAUGUUUAUGCGAAGAACUACGAAUGCAAUGGCGAAAUACUGUUGAUCCGUAUCGUUCGUUAUUCAAUGGACGGAUUGAUGCUAGCUCAAUUCGUAUUCCUUGCGUACAUGGCUGUGCUCCGGAAGACGACUAAUAUAGCGUUAUCGGCUGUCUUAUUCGUCUUCACCGCGAUAGUCAAAGUUAUUAUGACUCGAAUGUGUCGGGCCAGAUUCGAGAAAGAUGACACCGAGGAAGCGCAGGUCAUUUGCGGGACGGGUACGGGAGCUGAUGCAGAACCAGAAGACAGCCCUCCCCCUCGAAGUCACUCCAGUGGUGCUGAGAACGUAGCAGAGGACAAUCCUUCGAGAUUCCUGACCUGGCGGUUACCGGGCUGGGUAAACUUCUCUUAUUCAAUCGCUCCUCGAAAACUUCGACCACCCGAGCGGUGUCAGCCGAAUCCGUUUGGCCCUCGCUUACGUUCAGUGGAUGAGAACGGGAAGACGCCAUCGACUUCGACCCAAGGAGAGUCAUCUGCAACCAUUCUGGGCGGCCCUUACGGAUUUCGACUUCCCUCGUACGGCCGCAUCCACCUCUUGCGACCUGGGACUGAUGAACCUCGUCAUGACAUCCCCUACGAUAAUCCUUACUACACAAGACCUAUUACUAAUGCCCUAUGGCUUCCAAGAAAUCCGCUAGGUCUUCUAGACCUCGAUGACACUGUUGAUGUUUAUCAAACACUCACCAGUGAACCCGGCGCUGGUGAUGUGGGUCACUGGUUUGGACCCGGCUCUUCUAUUACCCCUGAGUAUCAGCUUCCCAGCUCGGUGCUUGGUGAAGAGCAACCAUCCGUCCUCGCAACUAGGCAAUGCAGCGGUAGUGAAGAUAUUGAUCUUCCUCAUGGCAUCAAGUCCCGCAUCAUCACCAUUGACCAAGAGCAUGAUAUAGAGUCCACAAGACCACGCCGUCCAUCCAUGUUUUCUCGUCAUCGGACAGGUAGUGGUGGUAGCACAAAAAGUAGUGGCGAUCGCACAUCCCGAGGUCUUCCAGGUCGAUCACAGAUUACGGACGGUGACCGCCCCGAAUUCCCUCGCAAGCUAUCCUCUGGCCAUCUACCAAGAUUCCGUGAAAGGACAUCUUCAUACCUCCCGUCACCCAAUCCACUUUUCCAAGCUCAGUUUCAUGGCGUUGACCCUGGUUCUCGACCAGAUCUGCAUGCGCAGGCCGAAUUUGCGCAUUCGACGGCAUCAAUUGUGAGGCACGGUGGCUCGCGGGUGUCGCUGCCACACCCUAGCAAUGUGAUGCCUCAAGAAGCUACCGCGAUACCUCGGGAAGCUGUUGUUACAACCCAGGAAGCUGUAGCGAUAGAGGAACGGUUGAGAAAGGAGCAGGCAGCUGCUGGGUUAAAUCAUGGGUCAACGAGACGGUCUUGGUUUACAUCUUGGAUAUAUGCGUGAUGAAUUGAGUAGCACUAGUGUCGUGCGUGAUGAAACCCCUUUCUUGUAGUACGCAUCAUGAAUACUUGACACUUACCAUUGGAUACAUGACAAGGACCAUCGUACGCCUAAUUCUAGACUGCACUAAUAGACACGAGACCCAAC